AUGGAAAUGCCCAAGUUGUCUAUGGUAGAGGGUUCCUUCUGAUUUCCGAGCACACACUCCAGCUUUCAUUGCAUGUUGAUUUCCGUUUUUUCCUUUUGUCCAUGUCUUGUAAUGAGUGCAAUCAUGUUUUUGAUAGGACGGAGAUCCGUGCUGUAAGAAAGGAUGAAAAUAUAGAGAGCCUGAUGGCUGUCCCAAAAAUCAAAUUAUGUUGAAAAAGUUAUCAGACACAUACGCCUUUGGAACGAUGUACAGGGGCAUUAUCGUGUAAAAUUGCGGUAUCGAACCCACGCCGGUGGAUGUCGUUGCAAUAGAAAACAUCCUUUACAGUGCCGACGAUGACCGUGUUGUUUAUGAUGUCUGUAUUUGACCGGCAAACUCGCUGUUCGUCAACUUUAAUAGACAGCUAAUGCAUUAACUGAGGACAUUUUCUGAAGACAACCGUUGGCACAGUAUGCUCACGCUUGUACAGUUAGCAAUAUGAAUCAAAUCAACUGCUAAAUUUAAUGAACCCUAUAUGGUCCGCCUUUAUUACCGUAGAGAAAUGUGUGGUUUUCCGUACACGUAAAAUAUACGACUUGUAGAUUAUAAACGCUGAAUCCAAGUGUGACGGUAGGGAGGGUUCAAAAUUACUCUAAAAAUGGACAAGUUCUUGAAAUCCGAAUUAUACCCUUCCAUCGAGUACGGGCUUGGAAGAAGACAUAAUGCUCUAUGGAAAACGCGAAAGAAUGAAUAUUUUUUAUGCACGUUUUGCAAGAAAUAUAAUUGGAUAUUUAGGAGCAUUUAAAAGCAAUCAGAAAAUGUCAUGCUAAUUAAGCGUCAUUUCUACAGACUGUAAUUUUUGCUUGCCGCCGGAAGGAAGUCCAUUAAAAAGUCGGCGGCCAGAGGUUACCGAACUAUUACACAGUUAUGUUGCAAGUCGAUUUAUUUUACAACUCCACUUAAUUAAUAUUUUCGAAACGAAAACGCAUUUGGGAAUUUCGGAUGACAUUUCAUGAGUUAGUCCACCUACUGUAUGCAAAUAAAAAGCACCCUUACUGACGACACUUUAAAUUCUUAUGGCGACAAGAUCGUGUGUGACAAGCGUUGAAUGCCGGCCCUAGCCUUGAAUAUUAUUACAGCCAAACUUUCGACAAGAUGGUUGGAAUACCUCAACAGUCAGCUAGCGGCACACGAAGACAGUCUGCCUGUUCCUGCUAGCUACUGUUCCUGUGCCCCCUUCCGAUUGGGAACCGGUGAGUGAGAGGGGUGAAAGUGAGUUCGAUCCCACGAAAAUCUGUACAGGAUAAGUCGGUAUAUGUAAAAGUCAUCGGCACAGCGUCCAGCUUGUAGGUCACAUGGUAAAUUUUGUCGCUCGCAGCAGUCGGAUUCCCUGUCCAGAAUAUGAGUCAAAUAUGGUGGACAUAUUUAUUCAUGCUUGUGUAAAUAAUAUAAUGAACACCAGAACCAAAAUAACUAUCCGCUAAGUUUCGUCUAAGAAAAGUCUUGAAGUUUGUUUAAUUCUUGAUCUGAUUGGACUGCCGGCAUUUAUUAUGAAUCCAACUGUGGUCAGAAGUCUGCAGGUAAAGUAGAACCUAUGUUGUGUCGUUUGCUAGUGGUGAUAUGUGUUUUCAAACCAAUUUUUGCAAUUCCACAUUUACCAUAUCAAGUGCGUAGUUGCCAUGUAUGCAAAUGUAGCGGUGGAUAAACAUUGUGCGGCAAUUCGAUGCCCUCGAUGCAAUUCCAUAGGUCGCUUUUCAAAGUCAGACCUCUUGAGCUUCUCAGCUUGCUAUGCUGAAAGUUACCAGAUUUUAGCUUUUUUCCAACUUAUCAAAACAACUUUGCAGUCAGGUCUAGCCAUAGUCAGCCUAAACAACUUUCAUUUGGGGUCUGUCCACUAGGCCGCGGGUAGUUAAAAGUGAACAGACCAAACUAAUCAUAAUUCGAUACAGUAAAAUGGCUUCGAGUGUGACAAUUGUUUUACCAUAGUCUGUGAGAGAGGUUGAAUUCCCAGUGGACAAACUCACCAAACGUUUGGCAAAUACAAUUUUAUCGCACUAAUGUCUGGCAACACUUUUGAGGGGGAAACAGUUUUUUUCGUCGGCAACAGAACAAAUCCGAGUGGUUAGUUUGGGCAACAAAAUGACAGCAGGGAAAGAUGGCGUGCCCACCACGUGGAGUCACGUGGUUUCUGAUAUAUUUGAGAUGAAGUUCGGAAAAAAACGUGGGAAAAUGAUAGCGCGUUUGAUAGUCAGUCAUAACAUCGGGUUUCUGAUUGCUGCCUGAAAGGCUUUCUUGAUAACGGCAGUACGCAAAAUCUAUCCUGACUGCAUAACGGAGGACACUGGUUCAAAAUUGCUUGUCCAUUUUUGCACGCUUUCGUAAUCUCAAGUAUUUCUUCAAAUCCCGUCUACCAUGACGGAAUGGUGACUGUCGGCUAAACUGCUGACCGUUGUAUUUGCGGUUUUAAUCCGAUGUUGGCUAGGUAUGUUUAGGUUGCUGACUACCUGUAAGAACUGUUGUUACCAUAUGACUCCCUCAAGACGUGUUGAGUUUGCAGAAUGCAAAACGCAGGACUUAGUCUUUCUUAACCUCGUCAGGUGUUGGCGGUUCACAAACAUCUGACAGUAUGGUGAGAUCUUUUAUUAAAUGCCGUGAGCUUGAACUGUUCCCCGUCCCUACCUGCCUCAUACAUAUCUCCUAAGGUGACAGGGAUGUGUCCGAGGAUUGUCUCUUCACUGACAUUUGAAUAGCCCUGCGUAGUACCGAGUAGGGAUGGGUGAGAUGACUGUGUUGCUUUUCCGCCGGCAGCUACGUAAUUAAUUCAUAUGCUUUCUUGACAAUUAGGAACCCCUCGGUCUCCUUCGGCGGUGGUCGUACUUCCAGGGUUUGUGGAGAUCAGCCCUCUCGGGAACUCCUCUACCGGAGGCACCACCGGAGAUCGGAGUCUGCAUCUGUCAGGCAACCUCCAGCUCCCCCCAGCUUCAGCGCCGGAUGGAGGAGGACAAGGAGGAGCGGAAAAAGGAGAAGAAUGAAGAGGGGCAGGAGGGAGAGGACGCGGAGAGGGAGGAAGAGGGACACAAGAGGAGGCCAAGAGAACAUAAGUGUCCGCCAUCGGCUCCGGUAUUUCCGGCCUCCUCGCUGCACCUCAAGCAUCCCUCCUUCUCAGACAACCGUAGCUACCAGCCUGUCUGCCUGCGACUUCAGGCCCGUCGUGCUAUUCGGCGGUACUUCCUUAAUGCGCAAAAUGCGCGACACGGACAGAAUGCAGGUCGUGGCUUCCAGGCGCAGUUGGCGAACACCGGCCUUUCUCCCCUGCUACGCAACUUUCUGGGCUACUUCCACAAGUUUGAGCAGUUGCUCUCCGUGGAACUGCCUCAGGGACUUCAGGCAAUAGUCGCUGCGGUGAAGGCGGAGGACCCGGCAAACUUUCAACUCACAUCUUGA